GCAGAGCCCUAUUGGGAAAGCCUGAAGACUGGCCAUUUUUCAAUGGCAAGAAACACCCUCAGCUCCAGAACCACGGAAGCAAAUGUGCUUUCAGGAUGAUUGCACUCAGGCAAGCAGCUUACUUCACUUGCUUGUUUGCUACAGUUUCCUGUGGAUGCUUGACUCAACUAUAUAGCAACACCUUCUUCAGAGGCGGGGAUGUAUCUGCCAUGUACACCCCAGACGCCCAAUACUGUCAGAUGAUGUGCACUUUCCAUCCGAGGUGCUUGCUAUUUAGCUUUCUUCCUGAAAAUUCAACCAGUGACGCAGACAAAAGGUUUGGUUGCUUCUUGAAGGACAGUGUGACAGGAACCCUGCCGAGAGUGUCACGGACAGGUGCAAUUUCGGGACAUUCCCUAAAGCGAUGUGGUCGUCAAAUUAGUGCUUGCCACCGAAGCAUUUAUAAAGGAAUUGAUAUGAGAGGAGUCAAUUUCAAUGUAUCUAAGGUGAAAAGUGCUGAAGAAUGCCAAGAAAGGUGCACCAACAACAUUCACUGCCAGUUUUUCACAUAUGCCACAAAAACCUUCUUCAAUGCAGAGUACCGGAACAACUGCCUAUUAAAACACAGCCCACAGGGGACACCUACGCGUAUAAAGGUGCUGACUGACGUGGAGUCUGGAUUCUCACUGAAGGCGUGUGGAAACUCGAAAAUUGGCUGCCGCAUGGACAUUUUCCAACAUCGUGCAUUUUCAGAUGUGGAUGUUGCCAGAAUUAUCUCACCAGAUGCUUUUGUGUGUCGAACCAUCUGUACCUAUCACCCCGGCUGCCUUUUCUUCACAUUCUAUACAAAUGCAUGGAAGAAUGACUCACAGAGAAAUGUUUGUUUCCUUAAGACUUCCCAAAGUGGGAGCCCAAGUUCCCCUACUCCUCAGGAAAAUGCCAUCUCUGGAUACAGCCUUCUAACCUGCAAACAAACUCUGCCUGGCACAGAGCCCUGCCACUCCAAAAUUUACCCGCAAGUUGCUUUUGAAGGAGAAGAGCUGCAUGUGACCUUCGUUAAAGGAGUGGAUGAUUGCCAAGAGACUUGUACAAAGAUGAUUCGCUGUCAGUUUUUUACUUAUUCUUUAUUCCCAGAAGACUGUAGAGGAGAAAAGUGUAAGUGUUCCUUACGCUUGUCUUUGGAUGGCUCCCCAACUAACAUUACUUAUGGGACACAAGCAAGCUCUGGUUAUUCUCUGAGGUUGUGUAAACGUGGGGACAGCCAUGUCUGUACAGCAAAAAGGACACGCAUUGUUGGAGGAACAGAUGCUUCUUGGGGGGAGUGGCCCUGGCAGGUCAGCCUGCAAGUGAAGCUGAGAGCUCAGAGCCACCUGUGCGGAGGGUCAAUCAUUGGACGCCAGUGGGUCUUAACUGCUGCCCAUUGCUUCGAUGGGCUUCUCUUGUCAAAUAUUUGGCGCAUUUAUGGUGGCAUUUUAAAUCUGUCAGAGAUAACGACAGAGACAUCUUUCUCACAAGUCAAAGAGAUCAUUGUCCACCCAAAUUAUAAAGUCUCAGAAGGCAGUCAUGACAUUGCCAUAAUAAAACUUGAGGCUCCUUUGAAUUUUACUGAUUUGCAAAAAGCAAUAUGCCUACCUUCCAAAGAUGAUACAAAACCUGUUUACACUGACUGUUGGAUAACUGGAUGGGGCUUCACAGAGGAAAAAGGUAAAAUCCAAAAUACCCUACAAAAGGCAAAUAUUCCUUUGAUAUCAAAUGAAGAAUGCCAGAAAAGUUACAGAGAUUAUAAAAUAACCAAACAGAUGAUCUGUGCUGGCUAUAAAGAAGGAGGAAAAGAUGCUUGCAAGGGUGAUUCAGGCGGUCCCUUGGUUUGUCAGCAUGAAGAAACAUGGCAUUUGGUGGGCAUCACCAGUUGGGGUGAAGGCUGUGCCCGCAGGGAACAACCAGGAGUCUACACCAAAGUUGCUGAGUACGUGGACUGGAUUUUAGAGAAAACCCAGGACAGCCUUUGAGGAAGUAGCCAGCUUGAGAAGCUUCAUAGACAUGGGGAAGAGCUCCCCCUUGGAGUAUUCGAUUAACAACCUGCAUUCAAUUCACGUGCUGAACCUUGGGGUUUCUCAUCUGCCAAAACCCCACCUCCUGUCCUUGUCGUAAAAGGAACAAUGCAUAGCGCUUUCAGCAUUCAGUAAUAAUACCGUAAUGGCAGAGAAAAACAACCGACUAUCUCCACAAUUGUGUGUUAUGAAAUAAAAAUGGCCAAAGAGUGUGA